AUGGAUAGAUUGCUUUCUAGCAAAUAAGUAUUAACUAAAUGUAUUGUGCUGUCCACCGAAUAGAGAUUCAUCAAGUGGAUCAGGUUAUUAACCUUUUGAAUAACUGGGGCCUUUAUGAUAUGUACUAAUCAGCAGCCUUUGUGUCGCACUUAGUACGGCUUUUAUAUCCUCAGGGCCAGUUGUUUACAAAAGGUGGAACCCAAAUUAUUGUCUUAUGUAAUGAUUGGGCCUCAGGUUUUCUCUCUAGGAGGGUUGCUUUGAUUAAAUAAAUGUCCCUCCACUGAUAGCUUUUGGCCCUCUUGACACUGUUCAGAAGGUUCAGCUAAAUUAAGGAUAGUUUAGGACGUGGUUUUCUUAAACAAGGGCUGACCUCUGCUUAAAUAACUAGCCCAUAGUCUUUUUAAUUAAUAUUAUCAUAUUUUUUUGAUUAAUGAAAUUUCUGGAUUGGAUGUAAUCCAAUCUGUAAUCUUAGCCUCUGACCAGCAAUGUUCCAUUUACAGGAAAAGGCAGUGAAUCCUACUUUACCUGGUCUGUUUCCAGAUGUCGACUGGCUCAUUGGCAAUCAUUCUGAUGAACUCACUCCCUGGAUACCUGUAAUGGCUGCUAGGUCAUCAACCAUGGCUCGAUAUUUCCUUCUACCAUGUUGCUUGUUUGACUUUAACUGUAAGUUUAACAGGAAAAAUAGCAAAGUGACGCAGUAUCGAGAUUACCUGGAUUUUGUGUACAAUGUGGGAGAAACAUGUGGCUUUCAGGUAGAAGAAGAUUCAUUGAGGAUUCCUUCUACCAAAAGGAUCUGUCAUAUUGGACGACCAAGAACAUUCACUGAGAACAAUGAUGACCUACAAAUCAUAUCAAUUAAGGAUAUGAUACAAGAGAGAGGUUGCAAUCUUGAUGAUGAACAGCCCCCUGAAACUUUAAGGAAAAUUCCCUCCCAAAAUCACAUAACACCUAAUCAACAUGAAGGUAGAGGGGCUGUUGACAUCCAACGACAGCACCAUGAGCAUCAUGCUACUGAUGCCUUGCUGUGUAGAGGGAGAGGAAACACCAGCAUUCAAACUUUUGCCACCAAGUCUUACUCAACCUUUUCUAAACAAGCACCUUCCAGUUUUCAGCCUCGUGCUCAGAAGGAGGCAAUACGAAACUGUACAACUUUAGAAAGAUCUCUCAAAGAACAUUUUGUCAAUGGUGUAGCAAGGUAUUUGUUGGGUUUACCUCUUUCAAGUGAUGACUUUUUGAGCCCUUCAAGCUCAAUUUCAGAGGUUGAAAAAGGUGGUAAAUGGCGAAAAGGAGGUACUAUGCAAAUUUGGGAAGCAGCUCAGUUGUUUGAUAAAGACACUUUGGUUCAACUUAAGCAUGAAUGUGGAGGUCUUCAGACCUUGUUACGGAAUCACUAUCAUAUUUUCAAAGUUACUGGUGGUUUAGUUGAACUGAGGGAUUGGAGUCAGGAAUCCUCAUGCCAUGGUGCAAAGAAGGCUAAUUUUGGAAAGAAGCAGCGAAGAUCUCAGGCAUUAAGGAAAACUUCAUUGUGCUGGUUUUACUUACAUCAUCCUGAUGGUUGUCCAGUGACAGCAGAGAAGUGUCAUUAUGCACACACAACAGAUGACCUUAGAGAACGACCCUCAGUGGAAGUCCUAAACAGUUUGUAAGAGUAUUUAAAUCAUUAAAGAAGAUUUUUGUUACUUCCUUAAUGAAAACAGGAAGUGAUUGAGAAGAGACAUUCCUGUGAGAUUCAGAAAAAGCGUGAAAAACUGAUUAAUCAAAGACUUCAAGGAGUUAAAACCACAAACUAAUUACCACUGCUGUUUGCAAUUAAGCUUUCUGACACCUGAUUUGAAUUUCCUUUGUAACACGGUAACAUUCCACCAAUUCCCUAAAUGUUCCAGUGUGAUUGGUUUUCCAAGUUUCACAGUACAAGUCAGUAAAGGCACAGAAAUUUGGGGGUUAUUAUUUCAAAGUGAAGGAUAGAGUCAAGGCCAAGAGAGCUGCAAUGCUUGGCAACUUGAAAGAAAAGUAAUCCUAUUGUCCUUGUAUAAUCAACUGCUAUUACAAAGCAAAUAGAUGUGCAAUGCAUUCCAGCCUCUUUUGUGUCUAAUUCCACCUCGCAAGUUUCAAACAAUGAAAACAAACUGAUAAAAAAAGGGAAAUUGUUUUCCUCUUCACUCUACUGGUAGCACUGCUUUUCUUGUGCAAGCUCAUGGGAGAAAUAUCAGUCUAGCUAUUUAGUCCUGGAAUGUUCUCUUUUAAUGAUGAACAAGUAUUUGGACCAUUUUAUCUAUUUACACCAGUUAGGUCCGGUUGAACCAGUUGGACUAUUUUAUCUGUUCGGAUAAUUUAAACCUGUUGAACCAUAUUUCAGCAGUUUGACCAUUCUAACUAGUUUGACAAUGUUAAAGGGUGAAAUCGUUCCAAUCAUUAGGACCAUUGUCUCAUCUUAGACAAUUUUAACUAGUUGGAGCAUGAUAACUGGUUUGACCAUUUACUAGUUGGAUCAUUUUAGCCAGUUGGACCAUUUUCUCUAAUUAGACCAUUUUUACUGGUGGGACUUACUUCGCUGGUUGAAUCAUGAUCGCCAGUUAAAUUCUUUUAACUGGUUGGACUAUUUAAAUUAUUUGAACCAUUCAGUUGGAUCUAGUUAGCCUAUUUCAUCUGUUUGGACAAUUUAAACCAAUCAGACCAAUUUAACCAAUUGGAACAUUUUAUCUAGUUAAACCAUUUUAAGCGAGAGGGCCAUUUUAUCUAGUUAGACCAUUUUAAGCUGUUGGACCAAUUUGAUUCAGCGAAGUUGGACCAUUUUGAACGAUUAGACCACUAUAACAAUUUGAACCAUUUUCUCUGGUAAGAUCAUUUCCUCCAGCUACACCACUUCAAGAAGGACCAUUUUAUUCUGUCUUUACCGGUUGCCCAUUUUUUCUUGUUAGACCAUUUCUACCAAGCAAAACAUUUUACCUACUUAGAUGAUUCUCAUCAGUUGGACCAUUUUACCUAGUUAGAUUACAAAAUUGGUGGGACCAUCUUAUCUAAUUAUAGCCUGAACCAUUGGAUUAUUUUAACUAGUUGGAUUAUUUUAACCAAUUAGAUCAUUUUAACUGAUUACACCGUUUUAUCCAGUUAGACCAUUUGAGAGUAUCCACAAGAGGACCAGGCAUGUUGUUAGGUUCAAAAAGGUUUUAAAAAUCCAGAGUAGUUUGGCCUCGUGAUUAAUUCGUGAGUUAAAAGAGCUCUCGGAUUAUAUCUCAGGGUUAAAAACCCAAAAUUGCUUCAAAAUUGCACUUCAACCAAAUAUAUCUUUAACUCGCACGAUGUGAUUGGUUGUUAUCUUCCUUGGCCCAAACGUUGUUAAAACCUUAACCAACCAAGGCCAGGUUGUUCAAAGCUGGGUUAAGAUAACCUAAGGUUAGUCUAAAAUCUGAUUUUAAAUAUGAAAGCUUCAAAAGAAAACUCACUGUAACUCU